AUGCUGGGAAGGGCAUUGCGACCUGGGUGGCUGGGUAUAACCAGAACGGUAGCGAGGAACCCAACUUGCGGGGCCUGCUUCAACAGAACAAUGCAGACAACAACGAACACAGGCAUGUCUGUCAUGCAAGAGGGCAUGUUGAGCGCAAUGACGAUAAUGAUGACGACGACGAGGAUUGGCAGCAAGGUCAACGAGCCGUUGAGCGGGCCAAAUAUAGUAAUGCAACUCGAUUCUGUGAUGAGAAAGAGGAAAAAGAAGAUGAAGAAGCACAAACUGCGGAAGAGAAGGAAAAGGGAGAAGGCAGAGAGGAGAAAGUUGUCUCAGGGCAGAUAA